AUGGAAUUCGAUACAGUCGUCCGUAAUGGCAUCAUUGCCAAUGCCUCGGAAUGUAUCCUUGGUCAAGAUAUCGGUAUCAAGGAUGGCCUCAUUGCGUGUAUUGGUAUCGGCCUGCCAGUCUCUGCUUCAACCAGCGUUAUUGAUGCUCAAGGAGGGUAUAUUACCCCUGGCGGUGUAGACUCACACGUCCAUCUGGAGCAAUGGAACACUCCCACAGGAGAUACCUGGGAGACCGGGACUCGCAGUGCGGUCUGUGGAGGAACCACUACGGUUCUCUGUUUUGCAUCACAGAAUCAGACAGAUCAGAGCGUGUUGCCAGUCGUGGAAGACUAUCUCGGGCUUGCCAAAGGAAGAAGUGCUUGCGACUACGGGAUUCAUCUGAUCCUGACUAAUCCGACAAAGGAGGUUGUCGAGAAAGAACUUCCACUCCUCGUGAGAUACAGUGGAAUCACAAGUGUCAAACUGUACAUGACAUAUCAUCCGAUGAAGCUGGGAGAUCGAGAGAUCUUGGAUAUCAUGGUUGCCACGCGAAGACUAGGUAUAACCACGAUGGUCCAUGCCGAAAACCAUGAUAUGAUUGAGCUAAUCAUUGAAACCUUGGAGCAACGGGGCCAAGUCGAACCUUACUAUCAAGCUGUCUCAAGGCCGAAGAUCGCAGAAGCAGAAGCUACCUAUCGGGCGAUCUCACUUUCCGAGCUCAUGGAUACUCCGAUUCUUCUCGUUCAUGUAUCCUCAGAGCUGGCUGCAAAGCAUAUUCGAGAUGCGCAAACGAGAAUGUUGCCCAUCUAUGGGGAAACCUGUCCUCAGUAUCUGUACCUUCUCUCCGACAGACUCAGAGGAGAGAACUUUGAAGGUGCUAAGUGUGUCUGCUCGCCACCGUUGCGAGAGAGGCCCGAGGACACCGACGCUAUGUGGACAUCCAUUGCCAAUGGCACCUUCACGACCUUCUCUUCAGAUCAUGCUGCCACGAAAUUCUAUGCUGAAGGCGGUAAACGUCUGGGUCUGAUCAACGGCCGUCCCGUGUUCGCAAAGAUCCCCAAUGGACUUCCAGGGCUCGAGACUCGUCUUCCACUACUCUUCAAAGGCGUCGAAGAAGGCAGGAUAACGAUCCAGGACUUUGUCCGCGUCGCCUCUUCCAAUCCAGCAAAGCUAUACGGAGUCACCCGCAAGGGAGCUGUUCUGCCGGGUUAUGAUGCAGAUCUCUGCAUCUGGUAUCCGACUGGCAAACUGGAGCCUUUUGUACUCAAGAAUUCCAUGUUGCACCAUGAUAUCGACUACACGCCAUUCGAAGACAUGACUUUCACCAAUUGGCCGAGAUAUACCUUGCUGCGGGGGAAAAUGGGUUGGAACCGUGAUGAUGGUGGAUUUAUUGGCAAGUUUGGUGGCGGAAAUUACAUCAAGCGAACAGUAAGUGCUCUGGCAGGCCCGAGAAACGUCUUCGUGAACGAGUGGCGGCCACCAAUAUGA